AUGAAUAGAUCCACAGGCUUCCAUCGAUCCAGUCACAAAUCACCAACACACUGUAUUCAACAAAGCAAUACUCAAAGACGUAGGUAAAAACAAUCUCUAUUGCGAUUCCAAUUAAUCUUCAAAAUAUUCUGAAAACCCAUUGGAAAUCGCACAACCAACAUUACGUAACUAGUAACCGCUCGUCGAAUACUUUUCGUGUAAGAAAUAAUAAUUCCUUGCUGUCGAACUGUUAAACUUUGAAAUUUCUUAUUAUCAUGUGCAAUAACGGUUCUAACGUCCUCUUUUAAAAAUUCAACAACGGAUCAAAAAUCACAGAUCUGUACGGUGGUUUCUAUGCGGACACUGAACCGACGACGAUGUCGUCGUGUGUUGGCUCUGGCAGUGGCGUUUCGGAUGACCGAAGAAGAGGCUCGAGACGGAAACGGAGCUGGUCGGCUUGCGGUAACCAAAGGCGAAUGCUGUCCGCGACAACACGAUACUAUCGCGAGUGGUUUUGUAGAGGAAUAAGCGAGCGUGUUGUCUUAUAUGCAACGGAAGGCUGUUACACAACGAGAACUAUGAUACGACGAACUAGUUGGUGGAAACAGUGAAAGGAUUACGCAGCGAGAAGGUGCUUUAACGCAUUCCGACGCGGAUUGGCGGAUCUUCGUUGCGUUAGAAGUUACCUUUUCAUGGCGUGUAGUAGAUGGUUAAUGGUUCUACUGUUUUCACAUGUCUCUCUCUUCUUUUUACACUCGAGAGGAGUGAGGACGUGGGCACUGCGUUUCGCGCCGAAAUUGUAGUCAAAAGUUUGUAAGUUGUAAUGUAUUUCUACAUCAGAUAUAUUUGUUAUAUUAUAGUCAUGUUUUUUAAUUAUUUAAUAAAUAUCAGUAAUAAUAAUUUGGAAUCCUAG